AAGCAACAGCAACGGUGAUACGUCGCCGCGGCGGUCGAACGACGAGUUUACCCCGCCAGGGGCUAACUGGAUUCCAGGCAAGAAAGGCGUGGCAUCAUCACCUGCGCCAAACAGGGUUUUACCUCAGCCUCAUGCGAUGAACCAUUUACCUUUCCAGGCAGCCGUCACUAUGCUACCGACAUCACCGCCCAUGAGCACACGGCUACCUUUUAGCAAUAACAAUGGAAGAACUACUACUUUAGUGACGACAAAGCAAACGAUUGACGAAGGUUUUGAGCCAUCAUCAUUCGCGUUUCCCCGACUUACGCAGUGGCCAGCGCCAGUAGCAGCAUCUCUUCAUCAGGAGGACGCGGAUCGGGAACGUUGGCGCCAUUCCGAAGAUAACGGAGUGCUCCAUGGUUUGUUUGUUACUACUUCUUUUUUUUCUGUUAAUGAUUGGCGUAGAGUUGUUAUUGUUACUUGUUACCUUCCGUUUCCCUCUCUCCUUCUCUCCUUCUCUCUCCGUUCUAAUUUAAUCCACUCUAUAACCUUGAAAACAGAAAGACAUCAACAGGGCUCAUCGUCUCCACAUCAUCACCACUUUUUGUCUGAGAAUGACAAAUCCUAUUUAGGUAAUACGAUGGUGUGGGUUGCAUAUGAUCGACGUGACAAUCAUUUUGUACACACAGAGUUCCCUAGUAACGAUGACCAUAGCAACGACAACCAUGGCAACCAGGGUAUUCAGAGCGACACCAACGGCAACGAUAGCAUCAGUAACAACAACGAUAGCUGGUGGAGACGCGAGGAGGAUUCCUUUCAACAACAGCAGGCACAGGAGCAUCCGUAUCAUUCCGUUACGUUUCGAGUUGAUUGCCCCACAGCAGAACAACAACAGGACGAUCGACCCAUCAAAAAGCGGUCUCAAAAUGCAUUUGUUGUAUUCAGCUCUGAACGGCGCGGUCAAAUCCGUGCGCAGCAACCACGGAUACGCAACUCUGAUUUAAACAAAUUACUAGGCAAAGAGUGGAAAGGCUUGAGCGAUGGACAUAGGUCACAUUACAAGCAGCGGGCCGAAAUCCUCAAGGAACAAGCUAUAAAGGACUUGUAUCGUCAUUCCGAGGAACAAUCAUCGUCGUCAUCCAUAAGCACCAACAGCAUUAGCAAUAUGAUUGGUAGCAGCUUACUUGUUUCUUCAUCUUCAUCAUCUCAGCAACAACACAACACUUCUUCUAUUACUACCCCUUCUCCCACUGCACACAACCAUCAUCACAGCUACGACUACAACUACCAUUAUCAACACCACUAUACUGCAGAUAAUCAACAUCACCAUUAUAAUCAGCAUCAGUCGUCGUCGUCGUCCUCACAUACCCGCUUCACCGCCACCGGUAGUAAUGGUACCAGUCACAGCAGUAGCGAAUGCAACGUGUUCACGACUCCGAGACACUUGAGUGUCAGCAGUGAACGGUCGCAUGAUGCUUUAUUUGUCGCAGCAAACAAUACGUCUCCAGCAGCAGAUUGGCACUCUAACGCCAGUUCAAGAAGCGAUGAUGAAGAAGAAGAUGACCACAAUGACGAUGAUGAAAACGUUGAUGACCGCGAAGAAGAUCGAAUCCGUAGAUCACCGUCUUCACCAUCUCCUCCUCUAUUGACCUCACGUGGUGUUAUGAGUGAAAUAGCAAGCGGAGCCGGAGCAGCGGAAGCGGAGGCCUUGGCAGGAUUAGCGUCCUCUAUGCAGCAACGCAAUGACGAUACUCUCAAAAAGCGUCUAGCUGGUUACAAACGGCCGGGUGAAAAACCAAAACGGGUGAAACGACCGCCAAACGCAUAUCUUUUGUUCAACCGUGAUGUUCGACACAAAAUUUUGGACGGCAACCCAAACCUUACUGUGGCAGAAAUCAGCAAGAGAAUCAGCGAACGGUGGAACAGCUUGUCAGAGGAACAUAAGGCGUAUUACAAUCAAGAAGCAGCUCGAUUAAAACAACGGCACAUGGACAAUCAUCCAAACUUUAUAUAUUCCCGUCGAUCCAAAGCCGAGUUGGAAAAGGCUGGCUAUCGCUCACGACCAUCCAAGAAACGAAAAGCCCGCGAUCCACGUGGCCGUAAAAAGAAAAGAUUGAAAAACCCAACAGCACCCAAGCACCCUAUGUCCGGUUUUCUAUUUUACUCGAUCUCUGUUCGCUCGGAAAUCGUGGCAGAUAUGCCAAAGGCAACCGUGGGUGGGAUAAGUAAGGUGAUAGCGGAGCGAUGGCGGAAGCUUCGAGAGGACGAGCGGGCGCCGUGGAUCCAAAAAGCUAAAGAAGACAAGGAACGGUAUGCGCGGCAGAUGGAGUCGUUU